UAAGCACAUCACAUGUGAGAGAGAAUCAAUUCAAUGGGAAAAAGGAGACUAAAAUAUCAAGCAAAGGAUAGGAUGCUUUAUCCCUGUGGUGAUAUUGAAUGGAAAUGUCAACAUCAAGUGUUAGGUUGUGUUUGAUUGAAGAAAACACACAAAAAUAAAAUCUAGGGUUUGAAACCAUUUUCUAACAUCUAUUUAUUAUUCCAAAAACCAUUUAAGCCAACAAUUUCAAUAGAAGUGCUUAUAUUAAUGUUUGUCAUUAAGCAGGGUUACAUUUGACUAUGCAUACUUAAAUUAAGUGUAUGGUUUUAUUAUAUGCCUCCCUCUUAAAUAUCAAAAGAAAUAUGCUAUAUUCUUUUUUAGUACUAAUUUUACUCCUCAAAUAAUAAAACUAAACCCCAAUUACUACCUCCCCUCUCAUUCCUGUCACUCUCUCUCUACAAAGUCACACACAACUUGCGAGAUUCUGCAUUGCCGGAGCACCAUUUGCCGGAGUCCAUCAAUUUUGCUUGACAACCAAGUGUCUAGGAGCAACCUAAGCUCCCUGCCAACAUAAUCUUUUGAAAAAAACAAUGGAUUCAAUUGCAUUUGUAGUUGUACUGUAUAAUGGGGCUUGGACAGUUGAACGUUUCAACUGAAUAUUCAAUAACCCAAAGAGUAAGAUGUUAUUGUUUGAAGUUGACACUACUUUAUAAAAGAUGCAUGAAAUUUUGUAUGAAGAGUUGGAUAUAAACAUUCUUGUGUAUGAACUAAAAGUAGAGGUGUGUUACAUGUACAUGAAAGACAAUAAGAUACAGUUGAAGGUUUUAGUGAAAGAUAGUCAAGUAAAAUUGUUCUUAAGAAUGAAGGCAAAAGUGAGUGUGGAGAACUUGUUGCCACUGUUUGUGACUAAGGUUAAGAGGCAUGUAAUUUUAGGACCUACUCUGCCAACUAUCCCUCCACGAAGUAUUGUUGGUACUUUUGUCCCAGAAGCAGAUUCAGAGGUAGAUUUGAAUGAGCAAGCCCCUACUAAUAUAGAUGAGGACAUGGCUGACAAUACAUUUGAUGAGUUUGAUGCUCCCUUUUAUAAUAAUGAUCCUGUGGUAGAUUUAAACAAGGAUGGUGAUGUGAAGUUACAAGUUGAUGAAGUUGUAGAGGUACCUACUUUGAGAUUAAAACUACCUCUAAGGAACUACAAAGUGUUUGAAUGUUUACACAACUUGUAUAUAUGCUUCGAAAUAUGGAACAACAUAGAUUGGAAAAGAUGAAGUUGUAUCAUUGCACAACUCAUUUAAGUUCAUAAAGUGCAAUCAACUUUUAGUCUGAACUAAUUUACACUAAAGAAAAUGUAAAAUCCCCAAAAGAUUUCAAAUAUAUCAUUCACCAAGGAACUAACA